AUGAAAUAUUCAUGGAAUGUAAUUUGUGAGGUAUUACGCCUUCAACCACCGCUCCAGGGAGGUUACACCCAAGCAUUGGCUGACUUCACCUAUGCAGGAUAUUUCACUUCAAAAGGAUGGAAGUUAUAUUGGAGCGCAACUUCUACACACAAGAAUCCAGAAUAUUUUCCAGAUCCUGAAAAAUUUGAUCCGUCAAGAUUCCAAGGGAAAGGGCCUGCUCCAUACACAUUCGUGCCAUUUGGAGGAGGACCUGGAAUUUGUCCUGGAAGAGAGUAUGCUCGAGUACAAAUACUCAUUUUCAUGCACCAUGUUGUGCGAAGCUACGAAUGGGAGAAGCUGAUUCCUGGGGAUGAAAAAUUAAGAGUAUGCCCAUUUCCUCUGCCGGAGAAAGGGUUUCCAAUACUGCUUCGACCUCGGACAACCUAA